UAUUUAUGAUUUAUAUUAAUCCCGUAACCAGCGCUUCCUACAUUCCUCGUGCUAAUUAAGAACUAACCAAAGUGAACGGUAAUGUGUUUUGGAAAAGAUUAACUUCAUGUCAUGUUCUUUUGAGCGUAAAGUUUGACACAAUGGGUAAAAAAGGAAAGACAGGAGGCGGCAAUUUAGGGAAAGCUUUAAUCAGGGACCGUUUUAGUUCCAUGAAAGCUAAAAGAUGCGCUGAUAUGCCUAUGAUUCAUAACACCGAAUUGAACGAUGGAUACGACUGGGGACGUCUCAAUCUUCAAUCCGUCACAGAAGAAAGUUCCUUUCAAGAAUUUCUUUCGACUGCCGAGUUAGCAGGAACCGAGUUUCAAGCUGAGAAACUGAACAUCAAGUUUGUCAAUCCGAAAAGUGGAAUAGGAUUACUUUCCCAAGACGAGAAACAGAAAGUAUUAGAGUCGCAAAAGAAGAAUAAACAGUUUCUUAAGAUACCAAGGAGACCAAAAUGGAACAGCGAAACUACAGCCCAAGAAUUACAAGCUAAGGAACGAGAAGAAUUUUUAGAAUGGCGGCGUUCCCUCGCUAUGCUGCAGGAAGACGAAGGUUUAAUAUUAACUCCUUAUGAAAAGAAUUUAGAGUUUUGGCGACAACUGUGGAGAGUAGUGGAGCGCAGCGAUGUUAUCGUACAAAUCGUCGACGCACGGAAUCCUCUACUGUUCCGCUGCGAAGAUUUAGAAGCCUAUGUCAAAGAAGUAGAUCCUAAAAAGAUGAAUGUGAUAUUAAUUAAUAAAGCUGAUUUUUUAACGGACGAUCAACGACAAGUGUGGGCCAAGUACUUUGCAGAUAUUAACGUGAAAAUUGCAUUCUUUUCUGCUACGUUAGCUGCUCAGAAACAGAAGACUGAGGAGUCGAUACAGGAGGAAAAUUCGGAAGACGAGCCGGAUAACGAAACGGAAGAUGAAUUGGAGGAAGAAGAUAGCGAGUCUUUGUAUAAUUCAGAAUUUGCUUCAGAGAGCGAAUAUGAAAGUGCAGACGAUGGUAGUAGUAAUAUGAACGAAGUGCGUACAAGUAGGGAUUGUAAAAUUGAAAACGAAGAAUGUGAUUUUACAUCAAACGCUUCAACUGGAAAAAUGGAUAAAGAAAGUACAGAGGAAGACGAUACAACGAUGGAAAAUUCAUCAGAAUUAUUAAGCAGAGAUCAAUUGGUGUCGUUCUUCAAAACAAUUUACAAGGGCGAAACAUACGCGAAAGAUAUCACAACGAUUGGUUUAGUAGGAUAUCCAAACGUAGGUAAAAGUUCCACUAUCAAUGCCUUGUUAAUGUCCAAAAAGGUAUCGGUGUCUGCGACGCCAGGGAAAACGAAACACUUUCAAACGCUUUUUCUGGAUAAGGAUCUACUUCUCUGCGAUUGUCCUGGAUUGGUAAUGCCAAGCUUUGUUAGUACGAAAGCAGACAUGAUUUUAAACGGGAUAUUACCGAUCGAUAACAUGCGAGAUCAAGUUCCACCGGUCACGUUAUUAGGUACUUUAAUACCAAGGCACGUUAUAGAGGAUAUUUACGGUAUCAUGCUACCUCAGCCUUUAGAUGGAGAGGACCCUGAUCGCCCUCCAACCGCGGAAGAGAUUUUAAAUGCGUAUGGGUAUAACAGAGGUUUCAUGACGCAAAAUGGACAACCAGAUAAUCCACGCGCGGCCCGAUACCUUUUAAAAGAUUUUGUAAACGGUAAACUUUUGUAUUGCGUCGCACCACCAACAGUAGAGCAAGAAAAGUUCCAUACAUUCCCUCCACGAAGAAAAAUUAUUUCUGCGAACAAACAUUUGCCACUUCGGACGAUACGUGUAAAUAAAGGGAGCAAGAUUAGCUCCGAAGACGUAGACCAAAUAUUUUUCCGUAAUAGUUUUUCGAAUGUACAUACGAAAGGGGUGAUUGGAAAAAUGCACGGUUUAUACCGUCCUGGUUCUAGUGAUGUAGUAUCGGUAGCCGGUUCCACGCAGAGUUUAUUAAUCGAGGAGAAACCAUGGAAAAAGAUAAAUAAACAUUCGAAUAAAAAGAAACGUGAAAAAACAAGAAGAUUGUUCGCUCAUCUGGAUAAACAUUAAAAUUAUGGAUGUUAGUACUGUAUCAUUUUUUUAACUAUGUGAAUCAAGGCCUUUUCGCUAUAUAACAGCGGAUCAUAUUUUGUAACAUACAAAUCUCUGAAUAUAUUUGCGUAUCAGAGACUCAUAUCGAUUCUACGUACCACAAAUACAAUCUAACGAUAGAAUACAUACACAUGUAAGAAUUAUUCACAAAAAUACUUCUAUGUGUAUAUAUUAUACGAUCGAAAUAUUAGGUAAUUUGUAUGUCCUUUGUGU